AUGGCCUUUGCAUAUUCAGACCUUGAGGCUGGCUUCGUCCGGCUAUUUCAAAUCCUUCCAGGCGCAAAUGAAAGCGAGCUUUCUCUCAAAUUGGUGCAUAAGCCGCUGCAAACGGAUCAAGCCUCGCAGCCGGGUGGAGAAAAGGCAGAGUAUCAUGCUUUAUCGUAUACGUGGGGCCCGGAAACUCCAAAGUUUCAUAUCUCAGUCAAUGGUGCAUCUUUCGAGAUCCGCAAGAAUCUCUGGGAUUUUCUCUGGCGCUUGAGAUGGAGGGAGCGCCUGGCAGGGCGAGGACAAGGAAAUUGGUUUUGGGCCGAUGCGAUAUGUAUCAAUCAGCAAAGGACGACGGAAAGAACGCAACAAGUUGCCAUCAUGGGCACAAUCUACUCUUCGGCAUGGACUGUUCUUGCGUGGUUAGGCGAAGCCGCAGAUCACAGCGAUAUCGCGCUGGACCCAGACAUGAUAGUUGGAGUCCUGUCUUCUGGAGACUUUUCGUCCGAAAGCAGCCAAUUAAGGAGUGCACAAUACCAGCUUCCCAUGUGGCAAGCCUUGGUCGCAAUCACUCGCCGGCCGUAUUGGCGCAGAGCUUGGGUCAUGCAAGAGGUUGCGCUGGCACAAGGUCUCAUUUAUGUGAUGUGUGGGGAGGAAUCUGUCCCGUACAGUCGGCUUGCAGGGUCACUCAGAUCGGCGACGUUGCCUCUGCUGUGCGAUGACAUUUUUACUUUGCCUCCUGAUCCGGAAGCAGAUCAGGAAUCUGCCAUACAGAAGAUACGGCACAUUACACAGGAGCUUGCGGAAUUCGAGCCACCUCACUACAAGCACGAGCCUGAUCUUAUGCAAGGCGCACAUGGCAGCAAAAUGCGCUUGUUUGACCUCCUACUCGACUAUGCUCACAAAGAGUGUAGUGAGCCUCGAGACAAGAUCUUCUCCCUAUUGGCCAUGGCGGCUGACACAAGAGAGGGAGGCCAUCCGGUGAGAGUCGACUAUUCGAAGAGCGUUGAAGAGCUUUUUUUCCAAGUUCUCGCGUUCUGCAGAACCCCAACCCAUGAAGCCUGGGGGACUUCGUUCGCCACAUUUGGCUAUACCCUAUUUCGAAGCCUCGGGUUGUCAAUGCCUGGUCUGUUACAAUACCUUCGGACACGAGAGAGCAGCAGAGCUGCAAGUUCGUCGGCACAAGAGUCCACGUUUCAAUCUCAGCUGCCAGUAUACUUCAAGUCAAUAGGCACCGCUCGAAAUCCGACCAUGAUCGAUGUUCCAGAGCAGAACUUAAUUCCUGGUGCAAGCUCGUUACCGAUCAUCGUGUUUGAAAUCGUGCCGAACAUUCGUGAUCCAAUGUUGCAAACAGAGACGCGGUCUCGCGGCUUCUCGAUUCUCCCCUGUCAAGACGGCGACCGCGUGUAUCAAGGGCUCGAUACUGACACUUCACUGAUCAUAAGAACGAUUGAGCACAUGAAUGUCUUGAUUGGUUGGGCGUUGGUGCUGCCGGACUCAGAAUGGCUACCCAAGACAUCGGACCUAGCAAGGCUUGGUGUCCUGUUGGAUCACGAUGAACGUCUAACAGGGCAAGAAAUCGAUCCAACUGAUGCCGAGAUUUUCAUGCUCAUGGGCGAGCCGCGAUACGCAAUACAAAUCCCCCUCCCAGUGGCGCUGUGCGUGAUUGCCGGCUGUCUCAAGCCUUACAAGAAAGUGGGAGGAAGGACAUUUCCGCGUCACGACCCUGGAGUGGAAGCGCGUAGAUCAAUAAGAGAGCAAGGUGAUCAGGAAUGCAGCCAAAGCAGUGGCUCUUUGCCGGUUGCAGGAAGCCCAUCCACAGACCGGCUUGGGCAGGCACACAGCCAGAGCGGUAGUCACCCAGGGCAGCCACUUUCAAGUUCUCCGUCAGACUCUGAUGUCGAAGAACCUCCUCGAGGACGAGAUUCUGCAAUCGAGCAGCGUCCUCGAGUGCCAAUUGAUCUAGAAACACACCCCGCCACAAAUCUAGCCAAAAGGCUUCUUCGGUGGUGGGAGUGA